AUUUUCGACUAUUUUUGGAAUUCAAAACAACUUGUACAAUAGGGCAGGACAUCCUUCUACAACUGUUUGCAUGCUGUAUACAGAAAUAUGCGAAUGCAGCGGAAUGUGUUCGUGUCCCCUCGCAGGAUUUUCAACGUUUUCCUGCCGUUACUUUUCGGAGCUGUCUUGACACAUGUCUUUUACGUCUAUCGAGAAAGUUCGAACCCAACUUUCCUGCAAGAACAUCUCGGAUUACGGAGGUUCCAGUCAGCCUAUGAGGACCAGGAUGUUCUCGACCCGUCAGUCAAGUUGGCAUCAACGAAAAUGCCAAACAAUCGAAUACUUGGGGAUAUAAACCAGCUCUUCCCCACGUAUAGCCACAGUCCGGUGCGACAAAAGGUGAAAUAUCAUAAGGUGCGACCAAAAUUAAGUGUUCAAAAGUUUAACGCUCCGGUAAAAUUCAGUGAGAUACGCAACGUGCAGUCUGCUUCAACUGCUCCGGAACAUCUAGGAAAAGCGAGCUCUGUGCAACAAAAGUUGACAUUCAAGCUCAAUCCGAUUGGUCUUCCCUUUGUCGAAUGGACAUCUGGAGAGGUCUUGCAACAUAUCGCAGCCUACAGUCCGCCAUCGGAAUCAGAGUUGGCGAGAGAACUGAGGGAAUUGAACGGAUUUGAUGAAAAGCCACCUGGACAUUUCGUUCAAGGAUGGAAAACACCUUGCUGGAUAGGAAAUUCCGUGUACAAGAAGUCGAAAUUGAAAUGUUUACCAGCCUUUUAUAUCCCGGGGUUUCCAAAGUGUGCCACGACAGAUCUGUGGUAUCGGUUGAAGAAGCACCCCCAGUUGAGAGCUCUUGCGAUAAGGGAAACUAAUUGGUGGACCCAGGGCAGAUACCGCAUCAACGAAACAGAGUCGCUUGGUAAAUUCAGCGGGAUGUUGGGGAAAUCGCUGGAAAGGUGGGGAAAGGCUGCACCCAAUUUGCUUCUAGCCGAAGGUUCCCCUUCGAAUAUGUGGAUGGCACAUAACGAAAUUCGGUUGUCGGAAAACACGACUGAUGAGCCUUUAGCAGCCCCGAGGGUCCUGACGCCCCACCUUAUCAAGACGUACACGCCUCGGGCCAAGUUCAUAGUCAUCAUGAGGAAUCCAGCGGACAGAAUAUUCUCUCACUUUUGUUACUACGGAAACAAAACGCGAAACCCUGGCGACUACACUUUCAAGCGGUCCCCGGCCCGAUUCCAUCGCCUUGUGGUACAGCUGAUCGCCAUGUACCAGGAUUGCUUCGCGAGACGGUCCGUACGGGACUGUGCCUACGACCCCCACCUGUCUCGGGAGUGCAAUCAGUUUAAGAUUCGAAUCGACAGAACUCUCUACCCGGUGUUUAUUUCGGACUGGAUGAAAGUAUUUUCACGAGAACAGUUUCUUUUUGUGAGGACUGAGGAUUAUCGGGACAAAACAGCUACUGUCCUCCAUGAGAUGUUCUCUUUCCUCAAACUUGAUGCUAUUUCAAAUAAAUCGCUCAACUUCAUCGCAACUAGGCGUCACAUGCACACAAGGGAAUUAUACAGCGUCCCGAUGGCGCCCAUGUGGAACGAAACCAGGAAACUACUGGAUGAUUUCUUCCGACCUUUCAAUGGAGCUCUUGCUACACUUCUUCAAGAUGAAGCCUUCUUGUGGAAGAAAGAAACAUCGUGGUCUGCUACAACUCAAUAAUCCCAAUGCAAGUGAGGAAAGCCUCCAUUUGAAUCACCUGCGUUGCUUCUGUAUAUACUAUGUAGAGUUUUACCAAGUGGGUUAAUAUGGACAACUAACUCCGCAAAGUAACGAAAUGCGCAAAAGAUUAAAAAUCUUUAGUGUUCAAAUCAGAUAAGGUUGGUGCUAAAUAGGCGUACUAUUAGAUUGAGAAUGUCUUUGCAAGAUAGUGGGCACCAGCCAUAUUAGUGAAAAUUGAGUUAAUUACAUAUUUUGUAUUAAGUAAACUAUAAAGCCUUCUCAAGGCCUAGUGUGAAUACAAGGUUGAGUUAGCAAGCAUGAAUAGAAGCAAUGAACUUUGCUCUCCUAAUGCAUUUUUCUUUUAGCCUCAUUGUGAUUUUUGCCCUUUUCUCAAAAAUUUUGACCCAUAUUGGCGUUAAUGAGUAUGUAAUAAAGAUAUACAAAAUACAUGAUAUA